AUGGCUGUUGCGCUGUGCGCAUCGUUUGCUGAAUGCCCUCCCACUCGGAAAGAAUUUCAGACUGCUCUGUCAUGGGCUUCGCUGCACUACCGCUUGAACCCCUGGAAGGAUCGCAACGAGCACGAGGUAUGGGGUGAGAUCGAGAGCGGAGUCAUCAAGUCCCUCUUGAGCUAUUGCCUGGAUCGAUUUCAGAGAAAUCGUGGUGUGAGGCCAGGAUUACAUGUUCUCCAAAUGUGGGGGCUAACCAGGAUAAACAUGUAUUAG